GUUGUUUUCUUCUCUCGGGCCGGGCCGUCAGUUUACGUUGGUCGUUCCUCCAUCGCGUCCGUGAAGUUCGUGCGCGGCUGUGAUCUUCAAAACUUUGUUUCUUCAUUCAAAUUGUUGUGUGAUAUCUGUGUGUGGUGUUGUUUGUUUCUCCAGCAACUGCAGUUUUAUCACCCGGAGUACCUCCACUCUCUACCAGUGAAAUUUACUUUUUAUGGUCAGGAGUAAGGCGAUGUGGUGGUGAAGAUGCCGCCGUGGUCACUCGUUUACACGUGUUUGUGCGCGUGCAUAGCGCCCGCGCUCGCCCAUGUCGCGCUGACCUACCCCCCGGCCAGAAAAUAUGACUUGGAUUUUCUUGACAACAGCAGGACCAAAGGACCAUGCGGAAUGCCCAAAGGAUCCAUCAAGACAACGCUAUUGGCUGAAUCAAGUUUUAACGUGACGUGGCAUCUCGCUUAUCCUCACUCGGGUGGUUUCAAAUUACAAGUUUUGGACAGUCUGGAGCGACCAGUAUUAGAUUUGACACCUGUUACAGCUGAAUCUGAGUUUGUCAGGAAUGACGCAACUGCUCAGUCCUACAAUGUUCAAUUACCUUCUGGGUUUACCUGCAAUGACUGUUCCAUAAGGUUAUUACGAGAGGCAAAAGAAUGGUCGGGUAGUUACAGGUUUUGGUCCUGUGCUGACGUUGACAUCAAGAGCCGUAAAGAGUACCGCGAAGAUUGCAAUGGACAUGGAAGGUACCUUCUCUCGAAAUGCCGCUGUGACAGAUUGUACUACGGCUCCAGAUGCCAGUACCGCGACGAAUGUAUCGAAAAUUCUGACUGUGGCGACCAAGGUCGAUGUGUCGAUGUUCAUGCCACUACUGCUCCAAGGAAACAAUGUUACUGUGAGCUUGGAUGGUUCGGUCCAGCUUGUACCAAAAGAUCUACUGUUAAGUCAACUGACAUAGAUUUGAGCGGACAUUCUUACCGAGAACUAAGCCCGAAUUUCAAACUUUACUGGAGGCUUCUGCGUGAGGAAGGCGAAAUAGAAAUGAUUGUAAAAGUCAAUGGAACUAGUUAUGUGGGAGUUGGUUGGCGACCAAGAGGUUUAGGACCCACCUGUAAGAAUUUCCCUGUCCUCAAAGACCAUGCUGAUCACGCUGAUCAUGCCCAUCAUGGACACGAAGCCCAUCCUGAACCUGCAACAGAACCUGAACCCAACCAUGAGCCUAAAUCACAUCCCGAGCCCAAAUCCGAACCUGAACCAAAAUCCGAGCCAGAACCGAAAUCAGAGCCGGAACCGAAAUCCGAGCCAGAGCCUAAGUCAGAACCUGAGCCCAAGUCUGAGCCAGAACCCAAAUCCGAACCAGAACCUAAAUCAGAGCCAGAACCAAAAUCUGAACCAGAACCCAAGUCUGAGCCAGAGCCUAAAUCAGAGCCUGAACCAAAAUCAGAACCAGAACCCAAAUCUGAACCAGAACCAAAAUCAGAACCUGAGCCCAAGUCUGAACCAGAGCCAAAAUCUGAACCUGAGCCAAAGUCAGAACCGGAGCCCAAGGCCGAACCAGAGCCCAGCUCAACAACUACAACAACAACAAGCACUGUCAAACCAGCAGAGCCAAAAAUUGAUCCUAAAUUCAAUAUUGCUCCCACAACCUAUGCUCCCAAACCUAAAUUCCAAAGAUUCAGAGGAACCAGACCUAAUGUUAAUAUUCAUACUCCAUUCAGACCAUCUAAAAGUCCUAUCCGCGUCACAAGAACAAAUGAAGAAACACCUGCCACUUCUGAAAAAUCUGAUGCUGUCGAAACAAGCGUCUCUUACCGUGUCAGCUCCAAGCAAGCUGCUGUCAAUGCUGGGAGAGGAAAGAGGGCUGCAGAACCUGUUAGACCAAAACUGUUACCUGGUCGUAAGAAGCCUGUUGAGUCAGAGCCCAAAGCUGAACCAGAGCCUAAAACUGAACCUGAACCAAAAUCAGAGCCUGAGCCUAAAUCUGAACCUGAGCCAAAAUCUGAGCCUGAGCCUAAAUCUGAACCUGAGCCCAAGUCUGAACCUGAACCCAAAUCAGAGCCUGAGCCUAAAUCUGAACCCGAACCUAAAUCUGAGCCUGAGCCCAAAUCUGAACCUGAACCUAAAUCGGAACCCGAGCCCAAAUCUGAGCCCGAACCUAAAUCAGAACCUGAACCUAAUUCAGAGUCUGAACCUAAAUCUGAGCCAGAGCCCACAUCUAAAUCAAAAUCUAGUGCGAAACAUGCACAUGCUCAUCACGCUGCGGUCAAAGAUGCAGCUUUAGGCCCAUACACGCCAAGGCACGACUUUAACCCAAUGGAUUGCACUGACAUGGUUAUCGGUAUGGCCAGAGGAACUGCCAGUAGAAUUUGGGAUUAUUACACUCGAGAUAGAUCUACUCCCCGCUUGGAUACUUUCUGGGGUGGCAAGAAUGAUCUUACAGCUGCUCUUGGUUUUGAAAAAGAUGGCGUCACUACUAUACUCUUCCGUAAAAAGUUGACUGCAACGGAGCCUACUGAUCACAGCAUAGAAAAAGAUCUGAUGCAUGUCAUUUGGGCACAAGGUCAAGAACCGGGUAAGUUUGUUCACUCUCCCAAGUCUGGUUUGGAGAGGGAACACUCUUCAGUUCCGGACUUUUACAAGCCAGAUGAACUGAAAUACCAUGGUCAUCAAUCUCAAAGAGGAGUCACAGCCAUCAACUUCUACGAAGAAGCUCGUCAGACUUCCCCUGUUGCUGGGACGUCUGGUGAAUCAGUAGAAAAGAAGCCUGUCAUAAAUAAAUGCAGAGGUGAAUGGGGCUCUCCAGCUGGCUGUAGCGUGGAAAAAGGCGAAUGUGAAUAUCAUGUCACAUGGGAAUACUUAUCUAGAAUGGAUAAAAUUAGGUUCAAUAUCACCACCAAACACGUUGAUACAUGGACAGGCAUUGGCUUCUCUGACGAUCACCGUAUGGCCAGUACUGAUGCAGUCCUGGGUUGGGUUGACAAAAGUGGUAGAUUCUUCUUGAUGGAUACUUGGAUCGGCGGAUACACCUCUCCACUCUUAGACAACUCACAAGACAUCACCGAUUUGAAUGGUAAAUCAAUUGAUGGCCUAACCUGGUUAUCAUUUACAAGGAAAAGAACAACUGGAGAUUCUAAGGAUCUAGCUUUCACAGACGAUAAGUGUCUUUAUCUCAUGUUCCCUGUAAGGGGUGGUGGUUUCAAUCCUGUUAACAAAAAAAUCCGUAAACAUGAGCUUGUGCCCAGUUUCUCUUCUGAAAGAGUCUGCAUCAUGCCAUGUGGCCCUGGUGAGGAACUAGUCACUCCACCACCUCCACCAAAAUUAGCAUAUAAUGUUGAAGUGAAACUAGUCAACCUCGGAGAAAACUUCCAAGCCCCACAAGCUGGUAGUCAAGACUUCGAUCUUCUUGCAAAUACUGUUAGUUCAGGUUUCUCCAGAGCUCUGGCGAAGUUACCCGGUUUUCAUAAAUUGGAUGUCAUGGAAUUUGUGCAAGAACAAGAUAACGUUGUUGCACGACUAAACCUGGAGCUUGACAAAGGGCAGUUUGAAAGAGGUCGAGCUCUAGAGACAGAGAACACGCAAGAAAUCCAACAAGUCCUCCAAGAAACUGUUCAGAGUGGUAAAGUAGGUGCUCUGACAAUUGAUCCUGCUUAUCUCGUUUUUGAGCCAGCUUCUCUCACCAACACUAUUGAUGUUGAUGAAACUCGUGAAGGCAUGCGACUGUCUGAGGCAAAAUUAUGGGUAGUAAUCGGAGUGAUCGCAGCUCUUGUUUUCAUUGCUGUCAUUCAAGCCUCUUGUACCAUCUACCGCACAAUGAGUCAUAGCACACCUAACCAUAAGGAUCAUCUGGUUCCUAACUCUGCCUGGAAAGACUACUCAUCGGCAAAUACAAAUUACGCCUUUGAAAAUGUUGAGCCACUGGAAGAGAAACAACCGAGCUCUAUGGGUGGUCAUACUAAUGGCUCCUCUCGCUCAACAAUGCCUGUCGGUGGCAAACCAGUCAUGGGAGCAAGUUACCAUGUGAAUAGCGGCUACAACCAUUAUGCUGACACCCGUUCUCUCCAGCGACCAAGGGCAGAGCCCAAUGGGGGCACAGGCAGCGGCUAUGCUCAACCUGAACCACGCAGCACAUAUUCUCUGCCACGAGGCUCAGCCCAACAUAACCAGCAUAAUGGCAAUAAUGGCUACUACACUCAUCGUCCCUCGACGCGACCCAAUAACGAUCUCCAGCCAGACUUCUACUUCAUGCCAUCUCAGCGUAAGUACUCUGGGGAAGUAGUCCGAGUGUACGUCGAUUAUAACCAGCCCAGAAAAUGAUAAAAUGAUUAAAUGCUCAGUUAAAUUGUUAUUACUUUUAGUCAUUGUUUUUAGAUGAAUUUUCCUUUUAGGAGCAAUAGCAGUUCUUUUUGGCAAAAACCAGAAAUGGGAAAUUGAUUCUAGCUAAAAAGAGCUUCUAAUGUCAAAUUUUGUCGAUAAAGUAUUAUACUAUUCAACAGACUGAUAUUAUGUGUAUAAAACUUUAAUUUUUGUCUAGCCUUGUAUUUGUAAAGAGUAAGUUAUAAUGUCUUGUUGUGUAAACUCUGCCAAGAGCCAAGAAAAGGCAUACAAAGAUUGUAAUGUUUAAAAAUCUUCUUCGUGUUAAUUUGCAUCAGUGCCUUUGAUUUUCUGUUAAGUACCUUCUGAUCAUUUUUUAAAAGCAGGACUCGAAGCAAGAUUGAUUUUUUUUCCUUUUUCCAAGUUAAAUAUUUGUUUCAAAAUUUGGGUAUGUACCUCCUUGUCUGACAACGUGGUCCUGUGAAGAUCAGAGUGAAAGGUGGAAUUUCAAAGAUGAAUAGCUCAAACAAAAGUAGAGAACAGAAUAGGAUUGUUUUUCCUUGACUUCUACCAAUUAAGGUAUUCAAGUGCAAUAAAUCAAAGAUGCUAAUGACGUAAAGUAAUCAUUGUGCGGAUAUUUUGGAUUCCAUGAUUAUGUGCCCACCACGGCACAUUGAAUCCUUAAAAAAUUGAAAAUUUAGUUGCCUUUGAUAUAUUUUUAGUGUUAAUUGUAAAAUUUUUUGUAAGUUGAAUGUGAUGCUCAGUUAAUGAUUUUUUUUCUUCUUUUUUUUGAAACUUGCAAUAAUACUUGACUAUUUUCUUCUGGUGCCAUUUACCCUCUUUUUUUCUAAAUGAUAAAUUUUCCUAGCUUAUCUGUAUAUGUAUAUUAUUAUUUUUGCUCCCCUUUCGUUUACUACUGAAGUAAAUUUUUUACAGUCUGUUAUAAUUUGAGUGAAAUCUGAAUCGAGACGAUCAUGUCAAAUGACUUUAUUCUCUUAUUUUGCAUUAAAUGAAUGAAACCAGAAUCUACCUAGCUAA